AUGGCCUGGCCGCAGCUGGACGCCUUCCUUGCACGUUGCAAGCACGUGGGCGGCCUUCAUUGCUUGGUCCAUGUUCAGCGCCUGUCGUACUCCAUGCAGCACAAGCUGGUAGAUCGAAUCAAAGGUGGCUGGCUUGGGAGCUCCUUUCGCCUAGUGAUGCUCGCCAUGGCCGAGGACGAUUCUCAGGUGCAUGCCCUUCGCGAGAUUCCGCCACAGGCCGCGCAUGCUUUGUCACCGGAGGGUGUUGAAGACAUUGUCAGGAAGCUAGCUCCGAACCUGAUGCUCGUCACCUCGGAGGAGGCCGGGUGUGGGAAGACGGAGACCAUCCGCCAGCGCGCCUUCGCGCAGCAGAAGGUCCCAGUGAACAUCCCUGUCAGCGGACCGUUGGACGUGGCGGACUUGGUUCAUCGACUCUUGGAUGUCGAGUGGCGGCCUUUCCACUGCCUGCAUUUGGAUGUGGGGCCCACGCUCCAACCGGAGAUGCUGUCGGACACGCUGACGCAGCUCAGCCUCUGGGGAGUAGUCCAGGCCACACAGGGCGAUGCGAGCAUUUGCGUCUUGCCUUGCAGCGGUACCUUUGUGGAGCUCGCGAACCUCUCAACGAGGCUGCUGCUCGACCUUCCCUUCUGUCGGCUGGUGUCCCCCAAGAGCGUGCGCUUCGACAUGCGAGCCUUCCAGGUUUCCGACUGCCCGCGCAGCCCUGCCCAGGUGGUUUGCUGCACGCUGGACGCCCUCGACAGGAACACGCUGAACACCCGGGCGGUGAAGAUCGGAGCCACCCCGCUGCCGGAAGCGCGAUGUCAGGACCUCUUGCAAGUCUACCUUGUGCGCCGGAUGGGCACGAUGUCCUACUCGUUGAUGCUGGCGCUGCUCCGAGUUCUUGCAGCCCAGCUGGUCAGCUUCAGCCACUCGGUGUACUUCGACUGCAAGACGUUGAAGGAGCUGAAUCUCAAGGACUCCUUGCGGGCACAUCUGGUGGAGCAGGCGCUCGAGGCGUGCGCCAGCUUCCUGGCGCGCUCCGUGGCGGCGAGCAAAGUGCGGCAGAGGAGCCAGCACGGCCCCGCAGCCGUGCACUGCGCCGAGGUGAGAGACGUGCCGAAGGAGGUGGUGGAGCUGUUCGCAUCCCAGCAGACGCCCCUGAGCCCCUUCCUGCGAGGCGGGGCUAUGCCACGCUCCGGCCUCCCGGACUACUCCAAGAUGAGCACCGCCGAGCUGGAGGAGCGACUCGGCAGAAUGGUCUUGCCUCUGGGCAGCCAACUCGGCAAGCCCGCCGAAGGCAGCAGCUACGUCGUGAGCCCGGACAACUUCGUGAAGAUGGUGUGGAUCGCCCUGCGCGUCGAGAGCAAGGUGCCGGUGGUGAUCAUGGGCGAGACCGGAUGCGGGAAGACCUCCUUGAUCCGGCACCUGGCAAGGCUUCUGAGCGUGGACUUCAAGUGCCUCAACAUCCAUGCCGGGACGUCCUCCCAGGAGAUCGUGCAGUUUGUGCAAAGUUGCGCGUCGCAGAGCACCGACGAGAAGUCUGUGUGGGCCUUCCUGGAUGAGGUGAACACCUGCGAGCACAUGGGCCUCAUCACGGAGAUUGUUUGCCAUCACAGGGUCCUUGGUGAAGUUCUACCUGACAGCUUGACGUUGCUCGCUGCCUGCAACCCCUACCGAAAGAAGCCCAAGCUUUCUGGCCACGAAGCCGCCGCCCAGCAAGCGCUGACCCUCAGCGACAGCAGCCGGAGGCGAAGCCACUCUGAGUUGGUGUACAGUGUUCAGGAGCUGCCGGAAGCCUUGUACGACUACCUGUACGACUUCGGCUUCUUGGGCAAGCCGGAAGAGGAGAGCUAUGUGCGGUCGAUGGUCGAACACAAGUUCCAGCAGAGGCUGCCCGCCACCAGCAAGCUGGGGCUGGCGUGCCUCACCGAGCUGAUCGUGGCCUCGCAGCGCUUCACCGCCGAGAAUCAGCCUGCUUGCCUCCUCAGCCUCCGUGAUGUCAAGCGCUGUGUGGAACUGGUGGAUUGGUUCAAGGACAUCAUAACAUACCCAAAGGGGGGCGAGCAGGUGGAGCGGGAGGGGGUGGAGGACCACCUGAAGUACCGAACAGAGGUCAAGCGAUGGGAUCGUGCACGAGGAGAGCAAGCCUCGACCUCACUAGCUGGGGCAGACUCGGAGAUGUGGCUGCGGGCUGUCUUGAAUGGACUUGCAGUGUCAUACCAUUGCCGCCUUCCCACCAGAAAGCUUCGCAAUUUCUACCGGCAGCUGAUUGCAAAGAUCCUUGCAAGUCAUCGUGUGCAAUUGCCGCGGAGAGAGAACUGGGAGGAUGAAGCGGUUGUGAACUACCUGCUGAAGAACGAGAUGUAUCGAUACCUUGAGCACAUGCGGCUUCCCGACAUGACUGCGGUGAACGAGGCGUUGCUGGAAAAUGUCUUCGUCAUGAUGGUCUGCAUCCUCAACCGCAUCCCUGUCUUUGUCGUGGGCAAGCCGGGAAACUCCAAGUCCCUGGCCCUGCGCAUCAUCAACGCCAACCUGCGGGGGCCGGAUUCUGAGGACGAGCUGUGGAGGCGUCACCCGCGGCUCUACGUCAUCUCCUACCAGGGCUCGGAGGUGUCCACCAGCGAGGGCAUCACCAAAGUGUUCGAGAAGGCAAAGCGCUAUCGGGAGAGCAGGGCCAAGGAUGCCCUGAUCUUGGUGCACUUCGACGAGAUUGGCCUCGCGGAAGCCAGACCGUGGGUGCUUUUCAAGGUCUUAAAGGGGGCCGGGCAAAUGGCUUUCGCGUGUAAAGAGGCCGACCUCAUGUUUCUCCGCAGCUGCAGCAAGCCAGGUGAAGGCUUGACAGACAAGUUCGACCUCGACGACCUAGCGAAGGCAUACUACUCGUACUAUCAGGACCAGCCUGUUCAAGACUUUCAUGGCCUGCGCGACUUCUACUUCUUCGUCAAAGUCUUGGCAAAAAAAUGGCCGAGAGAUCCAGGGAACAGGCAGUACACCAUCUUUCGCGCCGCAUUUCGCAACUUCUGCGGUCUUCCAGAUCAUGUGCGUCCGCAGAGUCACUACGGCAAGGGCAGCAGCCCUUGUCUAUUCGUCCAGAAGCAAUACAGGCUGUUGGGCUUGGAGCGUUGGAUGAGCGAGAAGAGUGUGGGUGUGCUCAGCCUUGUCGAAGAGAAUCUGAAUGACAAGCAUUGUGCUCGGCAUCUACUGCUUGUCUGCAGUGGCGGCACGGAGGCUGCAAUUGGUCUGGUCCAGACCGCGGCGGCGCGCAGCGGGCGGCGAAUACAGAUCAUGGUGGGGUCAACCUUCGCAGAAGAUCGUUCUGACCAUUAUGCUUUCAGCCUGCUGAAGAGGAUCACGCUGUCGAUGGAACAAGGAGAUGUUCUGGUCAUGCGUGGCCUCGAUGUCGUGCACGGCUCUUUGUAUGACAUGCUCAACAUGAGCUACACGACGAUGGGCGGCAAGCACCUGUGUCGAAUUGCGCUGGGAGAUGCAGACAUGCUCACGGAGGUUCACGAGAGCUUCCGGUGCGUGGUGCUCCAGGAGACGUCGCAACUGGAGAAGUUGGAUGCCGCCUUCCUGAACCGGUUCGAGAAGCACUGCGUUGGCAUCGAGGCGGGAAUGUCCGAUGAAGUCCAGCAGAAGGCUGUGCAGUUUGUCCGCAACCUCGCCAACUGA